UAGAGCCCUCUGCGCUACGGUCCGCCCCUUACGGAAGCCGAGGCGGGCGGUCAGAAUCCCGAAGAAAAACAACCGGGAGCGAGCAGGGCGGCCGACACCGAGUCCCAGAGGCUGCUCCGGCCGCGACUGCCUACGGCGCAGAGACUUGGACCCUACCCGGCCGCUGCUUGGUGACGAUGUCGGCCGGGAGCCAGCGGAGGCCGAGCGCACCGAAAAACUGCGUGCUCAGCGUACAAGUUGUGACAUGGAAUGUGGCUUCGGCAGCCCCAACUGUAGACCUCAAUGACCUACUUCAACUGAACAACCAGAACCUGAAUCUGGACAUAUAUAUCAUUGGUUUGCAGGAAAUGAAUUCUGGAAUCAUAAGCCUUCUUUCUGAUGCUGCUUUUGAAGACCCAUGGAGCAGUUUCUUCAUGGAUAUGCUUUCCCCUCUGAACUUCGUCAAGAUUUCCCAUGUGCGUAUGCAGGGGCUCCUCUUACUGGUCUUUGCCAAGUAUCAACAUUUGCCCUUCAUCCAGAUUCUCUCUACAAAAUCCACCCCCACUGGCCUCUACGGGUACUGGGGGAACAAAGGAGGAGUCAACAUCUGCCUGAAACUUUAUGGCUACUAUGUCAGCAUCAUCAACUGCCACCUGCCUCCCCACAUGUACAACAAUGAUCAGCGACUGGAGCACUUUGACCGAAUUCUGGAGAGUCAGACUUUUGAGGGAUGUGAUAUCCCCAACAUCCUGGACCAUGACCUCAUUCUAUGGUUCGGAGACAUGAACUUUCGGAUCGAGGAUUUGGGGUUGCUGUUUGUUCAGAAAUGCAUAACAAGGCAGUACUACCAUGAGCUGUGGGAGAAGGAUCAGCUCAACAUUGCCAAGAGACAUGACCCACUGCUCCAGGAGUUCCAGGAAGGCCCACUGCUCUUCCCACCCACCUACAAGUUUGAUAGGCACUCCAACAACUAUGAUACCAGUGAGAAAAAACGCAAGCCAGCAUGGACUGACCGCAUCCUGUGGCGGUUGAAACGUCAAGCCCAGGCCAGCCCCUUUGCUUAUAGUCUGCCAACCUCCUACUUCUCACUGACUCUGAAGAGCUACAUCAGCCACAUGAUGUACAGCAUCAGCGAUCAUAAGCCUGUCACUGGCACUUUUGACUUGGAGCUGAACCCAGUGAUGUCUGUCCCACUGAUCACCAUGAUGCCUGAUUGCCUGUGGACAAUGGAGAAUGACAUGUUGAUCAGCUAUUCCUCCACUGCAGACUUCCUCAGCAGCCCCUGGGACUGGAUUGGACUAUAUAAGGUGGGGAUGCGACACAUUAAUGACUAUGUAUCCUAUGUCUGGGUCAGGGACAACCAGGUCUCCUGUGGUGACAGCCCAAACCAGGUAUACAUCAAUGUCAGUGAUAUCCCUGACACUGAGAAUCAGUUUCUUCUCUGUUAUUAUAGCAACAAUCUGCACUCUAUAGUGGGGAUAAGUCAACCCUUCAAGAUCCCGCUUCCCUAUUUUUUGAGACACGAUGAACUGUCUGAGCCUGAACCACAGAUCUGAGCCCACAUGGGAGUGAAUGUAUCCAGGGCGGAGGCUAGAGCUGGAAGCCAGCUCUGUCUCAGCACUGCCAGGAGCACUGGGGGCUUGGCCCUUGAGGAGGCAGCCAAGUAUCCUCCAGCUUCCCACUUCCCAGGGGAGCUCAGCCAAACACUUUUGCUCUCUCCAGGCUGGAUGAACUGGCACUUAAAUACAGGUUUUGUUGCUGAGAUGUGAGUGAAACCAACUAUUGUGUCAAUGGUGAAUACCUGGGGAUAGUCUAGUGCAUAUAGGAAGAACCAACUUUCUAACCUGCAUGCUACUUCUUGAUUUCCCCCUCUCCCACACACACUCCCUCUCACACUCAAGCAGCCCUGCCAGGCACAUGCCCUAUCUGGCACAGGCCUACAUUCCUAUCACGCCAUCCUGGGCCUCAGGCUGCCUGGGAGGGGGAGAUGUUCACAUUUGUACAGGCCUCAGACUGGGUGGCACAAGCAGCACUGGGUUCCAAAAGUCUUGGUAUCUCACAGUUUGUCCCCAUGGGGAUAAGAAGAGGGUCUGGGGUCCCUGUUUUCAGCAGAAGCAGUAUGACUAACUAGAUAGAACCUUCUUCCCUCCCCCCUACAUGGAAUCUGACCCAGGAAGUUCUAGGGCCUAAGAAGAACAAAUUGUGUAGACUCAGGUUAGCUUCUGCUGGUGAACCCCUCUUAUCAAGGGUUGAUAGGUGGUAAAGGAGCUAUUGCCCGAUUUCUAGGGUGGUCCUUCCAAAUUAAGCUCCUCUGCCAAUACUCCUGUCAUGAGUCAUUGACUUGGGGCCUAGAAAUGGGGGCCAGCAGAAGGAAGAGCCAGGAUCAAGACAUUUUGGAAGACCUGGUGCCAAGGGGGCCUCAGCUUUCUUCAUGUGCAGUGUGAAUAUAACCUUUUCCUAUUCCUGCCAACUGCCUUCUGCCAACAGUGACUCAAUAGCCCUUCUCCCAGGAGAAGACACCUCAGGGAGUCUGCUCUGUGACUGUCACAUCCAUACUGUGACCUAAGACUGAGAGUCACUCCAGUUGCUCUGGGUUCUAUAUUCUAUUCUUGGAACCACAGUGUUAAGAAUUACCCCCCAGGCUUCUAGCUACCCUGUGCCUGUUGUUACUUUGGGGGAUAAUUAUAAAUGUGGCUUUUACACUUG